AUGGAAGUCGACAGCACAGAAGAGGAGAGGGGGCAUUAUCCAAAGGGGCUUCCAAAGCAGAGGAAGGAGAGUUCAGAGACUGCGCCACAGGGGGAGUCGAAGCAUGCCGAACAAAGCGGGUCAGGGAUGAGCCACGCGCCGUCGAUUGGCGAGAUGAUGAAUCCCAAAAAAACGUGGAAGGACGAAAUGCCCUCGGUGGCAGUUCAGGACAUGAAGCAGAUGGUCUCGCAGAUAUUGGGAGUGCAGCCUUCUGAUUGGCCAUAUAGCCGGGACUCGUUCGACUCCCUCAUAUCGCUCAAAAUUCAGCAAGAGACCGUCAAGGCAGAGCAGGCCCGGGCGAGAGAUCUCGAGUUGUCGAUGAAGCUUCUAGAACAAGCCCACUCGGUUGGCAUUCCGCCGGGGCUGAUCCCUUACCUUUUCCUAUUUUCGAGAACUGAGUCGCAAUCUUUCGCAAGGCUGAUCUCUGACUGGGAGAGGGGGCACACGGGGGACACCGAGAGGCCGCACGGGGAUACCGUGGGCGGGCCGUCGGCAUCUACCGGGCCACCUGGGUCCACGGGGCACACCGGGCCCACUUCCACUGGUUCCACCGGGCUGGGGAUCCGCACUCCCGAAAAAAAUCCACAAUUUGCACCGGCAGCAAAUACGGGACGGGCUGUGCAACAUACUCCGGGCCUCGUUGUGGCAUCCGUGCCCGUGGAGCACGCAGUGAGCCAGCGAUCUGGAUCUGGUGUAAGGAGGCAGCAGCAGCAGCCCACCGGGAGCCCCUUCCGGCGGUCACACCAACGCUCACACACUAUUUCCGGGAUGACGGGAACAACAUCCGUGUGGAAGGUGAACUUACCGCAGCAGCAGCAAUUCCAGUUUCACCACUGGUCGGGUCCCGGAGAUAACGAGGACGAAAACAGGAAGUCGAGACUUGGGCACUCGCGAACGUCGAGCCGGAGCGCGAGGCAGCCGGACGACGCGUCGAUCGACUCGCCGGCAGACCUCUCACUCGUCUCCGAGACGGCGUCGCCGACCACCUCCACGAAGAGGAAGCUCGAUUCGAGAAACGAGUCUGCGGAGGCUGGCUUCGGCGGAACGGAGGCAGUUUUCUCCCUUCAGCCGCGGAGAGGCCUCCACAGCCGGGGAGAAUCCAUCACUGUGACUGGAGGACGCGGGAUGGAUCAUCGGCGAUCACCGGAGCAUAAGAAAAGCCGGUCGGACGUCACGGGCUUUCCGCCGGCUGUUUCCGGGCAGUAUCCGGCGGCUCAGGGUGCCGUUCCGGGGCCUUAUAUGUACAGAUAUCCGCAGUACGGUCAGCCUUCGGGUGGACCUUACUAUAAUCAGCGGUACCCGGGAUAUGGGCCGGGAAUAGGGUCUGGAUCUGGCCCUGGAUCCGGGCCUGGAUUAGAACCUGGGUCUAGACAAGGAUUAGGGUUCGGACCUGGACAAGGAUUAGGAUCAGCAUCAACUCAGGGGACAUCUUUUUCCCAAUCCGGACCCUAUUAUGCUCCCCAACAGCCUCCGUACUAUUAUCGGCACUCCCAGCAACAAAUGCAACCCCAGCAACGAUCUUUUCCCUCUUACCGCUUUCCUCCAAACGCCACACCGCAGACCAAUCGGAGAAGCCCGGGUGCGACCCAGUUUGUGUUUAGCAACCAGCGAAAUUCACCCACUAAGCCUGCUUCCCAUGACAGAGACUCCGGGUCCUCCAGCAGCACAAAUGCCACAACCCUCAGUAUGAGCAGUGCAAGGAGAACAAGUGCUGCCACCAGUAAAGAUGCAGCAAAGAAGAAGUGA